AUGAGACACUACCGCGGCUCUCUAAAGAGCCUCAAUAGAAUCCCCUCUCGAUUCAACCAUCACACACGACUUCCUCGGAGGCGGUUGGCGCAUCGUCAACACCGUCAACUUUGGACCUCAAUUUCCAAACGCGAUGCCAAGCAAGAAGAACAACAACGAUCGACGUUGCCAGUAGCAGUAAUCACCGGCGGACUUUUCAUCUGGUGGCUUUACCCUUCUGACGACUUUGCACAGCUCUCCGGCAAACAUGAAAGAUUACGAAACGAUCAGGAAUCCGAACAAGACAAAAACCGAGAAAGGAGCCAAAAUUCCGAUGGAGACCAGUCAGCUUGGGUUAACUUUUCCCGCCGUUUUGAGGCGUUUUGUACCCUGAACAACGUUGAAUUCUCCUCAUUCUCCGAUAAGAUUGUCACCUCUCUCCUACCGGAAUGGUCCAGACUUAUACCCGGAUAUGUUCGCAAGCUUCAGCGCGAGCUGUCCAUGUCCCCAGGUUCUCUGGCGGAUGAAAUUUGGCAAGACGCCCAUGAUCCAUUAAUAAAUCCCGAGAUUCGAUAUUCGGCCACAGUAAGAGUAUCUCCAGACCUCUGCAACGAGGAGAAGGAAUUUUUGUCUCGUCGAAAACGAGUUGCUAGGGUUGGGCUGGCCAAAUACCUGGGACUCGAAGAGGAUGAGGUUCACCCGGACGAUGUUCCUACGAUUGCCAUGUGUGGAUCCGGAGGAGGCCUUAGAGCGCUCAUUGCAGGAACAGGAUCAAUACUUGCGACGGAGGAAGAUGGGUUGUUCGACUGUGUGACAUAUACAUCAGGUGUCAGCGGCUCCUGCUGGCUUCAGGCCCUGAACUUGACUUCAUUCAACCAGGGGAGCCUCAAAAACCUCCUCGAGCACUUGAAAGCUAGGUCUUCAACUCACAUUGCAUACCCGCCGGUGGCAUUUCAAGCACUUGCUUCUAUGCCGACCAAUAAAUACCUUCUCAGUGGUAUGGUUGAGAAGCUGAAGGGUGACCCCAAGGCCGAUUUUGGUCUGGUUGAUGUUUACGGCGUACUGCUAGCAGCACGAUACCUGGUCCCCAAGGGAGACCUCGGUGUCAACGAUCGUGAUUUCAAGCUUUCGAACCAACGGCAGUACAUACAAUAUGGACAACUUCCACUACCCAUCUACACCGCUGUCAGGCACGAGAUUCCUAAUCUGCCCGAGGCUGCUGAACAGGGACCAAUUGAAGCGGAAAUUGCUAAGGAGGAGGCCAAGAAAGAAGCCUGGUUUCAAUGGUAUGAAAUCACCCCCUACGAAUUCUUUUGCGAAGAAUUCGGCGCCGGCAUUCCAACCUGGGCUCUCGGCCGAAAGUUCAAGGCAGGACUCGAUGUUCCUCCGGAGCAUGGAUUCCAUCUUCCCGAGGUUCGAUUGCCACUACUCAUGGGCAUCUUUGGCAGUGCAUUCUGUGCUACCCUUAGCCACUAUUAUCGAGAGAUCAAGCCGCUGGUACAAGGAUUGACUGGAUUUGGCACCAUUGACGAACUCAUCUCAACCCGAGAUGAUGAUCUGAUUAAAGUACAUCCAAUUGACCCAGCCAAAAUCCCCAACUUUGCUUAUGGCAUGCACGGGAGGCUACCGGAAACAACCCCCAACAGUGUCUAUGAUGACGAGUACAUUCAACUCAUGGAUGCUGGGAUGUCCAACAACUUGCCCAUUUACCCCCUUCUUCGACCUGGCCGAGAUGUCGAUGUUCUGGUUGCAUUUGAUGCCUCUGCAGACAUCAAAACCGAUAACUGGCUGUCCGUAGCAGAUGGAUACGCCAAGCAACGUAACAUCAAGGGUUGGCCAGUUGGAAUUGGCUGGCCUAAAUCGGACGAAGCUACAUCUCAAGUCGUUGAAGAGCUCGAUGAAGCACAGGCUAGAUCCACUCGUGAGGCCGAGUCCAAGCUUCGAGAAGCUAAAGAAGAGCAGAAGGAACUUCGUCAAGAAGCUCACGAGGAGGGUAAAAAGGUCAUGGCCGAAGACGACAAAACCAAAUUCGAACAUGGUGAUCAAGAAUCCGGCGAUUUGGGAUACUGCACAGUCUGGGUCGGAACAAAUCAAGAGCGUAGUUCCAAGCCGCCACCUCCCUCUAAAGCGCUCUCUGGCGACACCUCCUGGCAGCUAAUGGAGCCAGACGCUGGAAUUGCCGUCGUCUACCUGCCCUUCAUCUCGAAUGAUAAGGUACCCGGCAUCUCUCCCGGUACUACAGAUUACCUCAGCACAUGGAACUUUAUCUAUACACCUGAGCAAAUCGAUAAUGUUGUUGAGCUGGCGCGGGCCAACUACAACGAAGGAAAGCAGCAGAUCCGAGAUACCAUUCGUGCAGUGUACCAACGCAAAAAGAAGAUGCGCGAGGAAGCUGAAAAGGCGCAGCGACAAGAUCGCUACCGAUCCCUCGUGAGAAGAGGAGAGGGUAUCCGCCUGGGUGAGGGAGAUCAUUUUAGUUAA